AGCCCUGGUCUGCGCCAGGCAAUCACAGUGGGCUGCCCGAUUUUCUGCUAAGUGGGAGCUGUUACUUCAGAAUGUCUGGGCGCGGUAAAGGCGGCAAGGGGCUGGGUAAGGGAGGCGCCAAGCGCCACCGGAAGGUGUUGCGGGACAAUAUCCAAGGCAUUACAAAGCCCGCGAUUCGCCGUCUCGCCCGACGUGGGGGCGUCAAGCGCAUCUCUGGUCUCAUUUACGAGGAGACCCGGGGAGUCCUCAAAGUCUUCCUGGAGAACGUGAUCCGCGACGCGGUGACUUACACGGAGCACGCCAAGCGCAAGACCGUCACGGCCAUGGAUGUGGUGUACGCGCUGAAACGCCAGGGUCGCACCCUCUAUGGUUUCGGCGGCUGAGCUGUCCCCACAGUUUCUCUCCAGACUCCAAAAGGCCCUUUUCAGGGCCCCCAAACUGUCACAGAAAGAGCUGUUAACACUUCCUAGAUACGGGGUAAAUAUCAACCCUUUGAUGCCGCCUUCCGGAUACCGGGAGUGGGAAAUUCGCGACCCGAUCAUCUGCCCGGGAUUAGGUUUGGCUGGAUCGGGGACGACUAGACCUCAUGGAGGGGACGCCGCCUGUGAUUAGGAAGGGUCCUGGGAGGUGCCGUGCAACGCAGUAGUGACCUCCCACUUCUGUGCACCUAAAAUCCAGGCUGCGGAUUUUGUUUAGAAGAGUGUUUCUACAAAGCCCCAGUGUUAGAACUGGUCAUGGGCUUUUAAGCGGCCGAGUCGUUGGCCCUUAAGCACGUUACGGGAUGGCUUCCAUGUAAAUCAGGGCUUAGGUGACUUCCCGCCGACCUUUAGGGGUGAGCGUCACGCGUCAGAGGGCGGUUCGUGCGUGUGCAGGGCCUGCUAGAUCGCAGGAAAUGGGAGGACGCCGCUACCUGCAAUCCCGAAAACGCUGAAUGCAGCCCUAGUGUGGCGCGUUGUAGUCUUAACUGGGUAGUAUUUUAAUUCAUUGCUGACGUCCUGAGUGAGAGGUGACCAAGCUCAGAUGCUGAGUAAGGCGGCUGGGCGAAACUCGCGGCACCCUGCCCUUCCGGUAGCCAGCUGCGUAAAGUUGCCUACGCCGAGCGGGUGGCGUCCUGCUCGGCCACCUGGCGGCGGGCGUGGAGUUGGCAGGCAGGCAGUGGGGGUCACGCCGGCAUGGAAAGCCAGAUCUCCACCUGCGGGUCGCCAAGUUGCCGGGAGUCCUCCGCUCCGGGCAGUGUCAUUCCCAUCACAAAUGACCCGGUCGCAGCCGAAAGAUAAGCCCUGGCUUCCGAGUAAAGGCCCUGUUCAGAGCAGCCUGGGGGUCUAGAAAGGAAACGGGCGGCGGGUUAGGUUCUAGUCAGUUCAGUGAGAAAGUAAGAGAGACAGCUGUGGGAUUAGCAAGCCGCGUGGUCCUACCCAGUACUCCCGGGGUGUAGUGAGGGUCCUGGAGAAAGGUGGGGCGCAGGGGCGACCAGUUAAGCACACUUUCCAGUAGGCAAGGGUAGAGGCUGAAGACCUGGUGAUCAGCCUGCGUGCAGGCUGUAGGGGCCGUGCGACGGCCCCGGUAAAGCUCCGCCUAACAGCCUCGCUCUACUCCUAGCUCUGUCCUUCCUAACUUCUCAUUAGGUUUAGCACCCCAGGAUGCGGUGUGAUCCAUGCCGCGUUAACCAAUCUGCCCCUUCUCUAGCUUUUCGUUUUUCCUUUCUUUUCAAGACCGAGU